AUGGAUGAAAGGGAGCGAAAGCGGAACUCAUCUACUUGUGUUACAUCGGGAGCUCUUCAUGUUAAAGCAGGUCUGCGGAGCUCCCCCGAGCAGGAGGCAGGUGACUGCUGCAGGUGCGCCUCCGAAAUCCCCGAGGCCCGCGCCGUGCUCGAGAUCCUGGAGAGGUGUCCCCAGCAGCCGAGGAAGGGGCAUUUCCCCGUCAUCGUCGUGGAGGGGCUGGAUGCCACAGGCAAAACCACGGUAACCGAGUCUGUUAAGGACGCCCUGAAUGCCGUUCUGUUAAGGUCGCCGCCACCUUGCAUCAGCCAGUGGAGAAUGAUAUUUGAUAACAAACCAGCACUCAUUAGAAGGACAUUUUAUGCUGCAGGAAACUAUAUUCUUGCUUCAGAAAUAGCGAAAGCAUCCAUGCAGUCACCCGUGAUUGUGGACAGAUACUGGCACAGCACAGCUGCCUAUGCAAUCGCCACUGAAAUAAAUGGGAAAGUUGAGGAUCUUCCACCAUCUCACCACGAGGUGUACCAGUGGCCUGAGGAUCUGCUUAAGCCUGAUCUUGUCCUCCUCCUUACUCUGAGCCCUGAAGAGAGGAUCCGGCGGCUGCACGGCCGAGGGCUGGAGAAAACAAAGGAGGAAGCUGAGCUGGAGACUAACAAUUUGUUUCGCCAAAAAGUUGAAGAGUCAUACAGAAGGAUGGUGAAUCCUGCAUGCCAAGAGGUUGAUGCCAGCCCCUCCAAAGAAGAAGUUCUCAAGACCGUGUUACAACUAAUUAAAAAACACUGUGGUCUGUGAAAACAACUACUGUGUAACAGCACUUAAAGAUACUUUUUAUUGUCCUAUGUUUCUGCUACCUGAAAACACACUGCGAUG